AUGCUUGGGGCAGUUCCACACAGCAAGGAAUUAUCCUGUCCCAAAUGCUGAUGCCGUUUGACAAACACUGGAUUUCUGGUAGGUCCUAUUUUAGGACGAGAUGCCGUGCUGUUGAAACACCAAUCUGGUUUGAUUUACAGACACUUGGCUUUUUAGCUGGGAAGCCCUUUUUUUGCCGGCUUACUGAACUUAUGAAAGCAUGGCAGAAGGAGAUACAGAGUCACCUGGGCCCAAAAAAUGUGGCCCCUAUAUUUCAUCUGUCACUAGCCGGAGUGUGAACUUGAUGAUCCGAGGAGUAGUGUUGUUUUUCAUUGGAGUAUUUCUUGCAUUAGUGUUAAAUUUACUUCAGAUUCAGAGAAAUGUGACGCUCUUUCCACCUGACGUGAUUGCAAGCAUCUUUUCUUCAGCGUGGUGGGUACCCCCGUGCUGUGGCACAGCUUCAGCUGUGAUUGGGUUAUUAUACCCCUGCAUUGACAGGCAUCUAGGAGAACCACAUAAAUUUAAAAGAGAGUGGUCCAGUGUAAUGCGGUGUGUAGCCGUCUUUGUUGGUAUAAAUCAUGCCAGCGCUAAAGUGGAUUUUGAUAACAACAUACAGUUGUCUCUCACACUGGCUGCACUAUCCAUUGGACUGUGGUGGACUUUUGAUAGAUCUCGAAGUGGUUUUGGCCUUGGGGUAGGAAUUGCUUUCUUGGCAACCUUGGUCACUCAACUGCUAGUCUAUAAUGGUGUUUAUCAAUAUACAUCUCCAGAUUUUCUCUAUGUUCGUUCUUGGUUACCAUGUAUAUUUUUUGCUGGUGGCAUAACGAUGGGAAACAUUGGUCGACAACUGGCAAUGUAUGAAUGUAAAGUUAUUGCAGAAAAAUCUCAUCAGGAAUGAAGAAGGCAAAAAUAUAUCUUUUGUACAGAAAAACAAGAUGAAAAGGACAUGUAAAUGAUUUAUACCAACAAAACUUAGGACUGUAAAAUUGCCAGGAUGUUGUUUUUCCCUUGAUUGGAGUAUGUGUGUAUAUGUAUAUAUAUGUAUAUACAUAUACACACAUAUGCAGAUAUAUUACUGCAAUCUGUGAUUGCUUCAUCUGUAAGUCAGUUACAAACCUUUAUGUAUUUGACUUAAAUAACUGUAAAAUAUAUAUGCAUUACGUUAAAAAACAUGUUGAUUAAUAGAUGAAAUUUUUAAUUUUUUAAACAUACCAUAUAUUGUAUCACAAUGUUGAUGUGCCAAAAUAUUCUGUUAUUGUCAUGCAGAGUAUAAGAAUGAACAAUUUAUAAACUUAGUGGAAUAAAAUAAGAGGAAAGCCAAAAAAAAAAAAGCAAAUGGAAAGCUGGUAUAUUCUCUCUCGCUUACUGUUGUGCCUUUUUAUUUUUCUAAUCACAGCAGUAUGAGUUAUGUGUGCCGUAAUGUGUGGUUAGUUUCUGUUUUAAUAUUGUCUCAGAGAGCUUUGGGUGCUUUCAUAUAUGAUGAAAACGAACUUCCGUAGAACAUUUUCAAACUUACAUUAAUGGAGAGAGUCCAAAAAGUAAUUUUCUGUUUUGACAGAUUUUACUGAGGUAAAAGUCAUGAGAGGGAGAGGUUAUCAGCAUUAAAUUGUUUUGAGUCUAAAUCUGCAAGACUAUAUAUAAUUUAAAGUAAGGACCAUUGGGGAAUUUAACUAGAAGAAAUAUGGUUUAGAAAUACAAAAUGACCUUCUGCAGUGCCACAAAGUGUUUAGUGAUAUUAACUGUCUUUUGCAAUACAGUAUCCCACUGCUUUUGCCCAUGGAACACAUAAGAAACCCCAAACAGAUCAAAAUGAAGUUUCUAAUUCUCUUAGGUUCUGUUAUCUCUUGAGUUCUGUAAAGCAAACCACUUUAGCUGGGCUGGGUCAUAUGACUGAUUGUCAAUGGAAUGCCAUCUGGGGAAUGGACGGGCACAUAAUUUCUUAUGUAUUCAUAUACCCAUUAGUGAAUAGUUCAAGCCUGUUUAAGAAUCUAUUGAGAUGGCAUAUUGUGCAUUUUGAAGAUCGUGGUAACACUUUUGUGCAUAUCUUUCUAACAACUAGAGCCAUUUAAGUAUGGUUUAAACAUAUUCUUAGUUAACUUUUUCACCCAAUUUUUAUUUUUGAAAUUGAUGGCAAUUGUUUGAUACAUAAGGGUGAAAUCGUCUGCUUACUCUGGGUGUAUGUGUGUGCAUGUGUGCUGGAUUGAGUGAGAGAGAGAAUGUAUAUGUAUUUAUGUAUGUGCAUGUGCCCAUGCUCUCUUAAUAUGUUAAAUAGAUACUUUUUAAUAUUUGGUUUUAAAACCAUUGCUGUCAGAGUGAGAUCUUAUAUACCAAACUUUAAUCUGUUUUUAUGUUUUAAGGCUGAAAGUGUGAAAAUCCUAAGAGGAUUUCAUAUUGAAUAUAUGUAUACAAUCUUAACUAUAGUGGUGGUAAACAUACUACUAUAAUUUAUUAUUCUAUCUUCCAGAUAAUAUUAUUCAUUUAAAACAAAUAAGGUAUAUUUUUAGAAUCAACUUUGUAAGCACUAUAAAUCUUUAAUAAGUUAUAAGAUCUAUGAUGUGUCACUUUGAAAAUUGCUGUUAAAAGCAAGAUGUAUUAAAUAUAUAAUUAUCAUCUUGG